AUGUGUCCGGCCGUGCAGGUGCCUGCACUUUGGGAAACGGAUUUCUUGCAGGCUGGGCCGAGCAGGAAAGAGCUAUCGGCCGUCAUCGAGUGCACCCGUGAAAUUGCUUCACUUGCACAAGGCAGGCGGUGGCGCGAUGCCGUGACUCUGCUGGCCGAUAUGCCAAGCUGCUUCUUGCGACCCAACGCGAUCUCAUACAACAGCACCCUGACAGCAUGUGCCCGCUCUGAACAGUGGCAACUUGCCUCGUCGCUCCUCCAAGGCAUGCGAGAUCACAGCAUCCUACCGAAUGUGAUCACGUACAACACUGCCAUCCGCAGCUCCGUGGGAGUUGGGUUAUGGCAGCUUGCGCUUCGGCUGUUAGCGGAAGCAGACACGCCUGAUGUGAUCAGUUUCAACAGCACAAUCAGUUCCUGCAGCGCCAGUGCAGGGUGGCAGGUUGCCCUUCAUCUGAAUGCAGAGAUGCAGCAGCGUGGGCUAGUCCCAGACAUCAUCAGUUUCAGCAGCGUGGUGGAUGCCGGCGUUCAAGACGGGUGCUGGGUCCUCGGGCUGCACUUGCUUGGUGGGAUGUCAGCAGGCGCUGUGCUGCCGAAUGCUAUCAUGAUGAACAGCGCGGUGGAUGCUGCUGCGAAAGCAGCUCAAUGGCAAGCUGCUCUGGCGCUGUUGUCAGAGUUUCCUGACCACCAAGUGGCCCCGGAUGUGGUGUCCUUCAGCAGCGUAAUCAGCGCGCUGGAGAAGUCCAGAGAAUGGCAGACGGCGCUUGAGCUUUUUUCGGAUAUGCGGCGUGCAAAGGUCGCGCCCGACGUGAUUAGUUUCAACUGCACCAUCAGCUCCUGUGAGAAGAGCUCGCAAUGGCAGUCUGCCCUUGCAAUCCUGGAGGAGAUGUGGUCCUGCAAGGCUCGACCUGACAUUGUCAGCUUCAGCGGAGUGAUUAGCGCCUCUGAGAAAGCGGGCGAGUGGCAAUCUGCGCUGACGCUGCUCGACACGCUUCUGGGCCGUAACAUGCGGCCCGAUGACGUCUGCUGGAAUGCCGCCAUUAGUGCAUGUGGCAAGGCCUCCAUGUGGGAGCCAGCACUGGCGCUGCUGUUUUCCAUGUCAGCUCUGGCUCUUCGCGCCAACGAGAUCAGCUUCAACAGUGCCAUCACUGCUUGCGAGAAGAAGGAAAUGUGGGAACUGGCUGCCUGGCUACUGGCGUACAUGCCCCGACAGGGCAUCAGGCCGGAUGUCAUCAGCUUCAACAGCGUGAUUAGCGCUUGUGAGAAAGGCCGGCGCUGGCAGCUUGCCCUGCAGCUGCUGCUCUUGCUAGCCGAGGUCGCUGUCCUCGCCGACAUGAUCAGCUAUUGCAGCACCAUCAGCGCUUGUGAAAAGGAGAGCCAGUGGCGCACUGCCAGGAAGCUGCUUUCGGAGAUGUCGCUGCAAAGGCUGCGUCCACCGUCUGUCGCCUUCAAUUCCGUGAUCAGUGCCUGUGGAGCAGCCAACAAGUGGCGGUUGGCCAUUUUAUGCUAUGCUGAGAUGCACUUCAGCCAGGUCCUGCCGGAUGAGAUCUCAUGCAGCAGCACCAGCCGUGCCUGUGAACCACUGGGGCUUUGGAAGGUUUCCGGCAGACUUCUGGACCAGCUUUGCCAAACAAAUAGUGCUGUCGCUGUCGGUAGCACUCUUCGCUGCUGUGAGGUGGCCCACAGAUGGCAGCCCAUGCCUCGCAUCCUGGAUGAGCUCCAGUUUGCGGGCGUGGAGCGUUUGCCCCCUCAGCAUGCAGCGAUUUUCGAAAACAACUUCGCAUGUUGUGCAACUGGAGGUUGCAGGUGUGUGAGCGUUGGAGGUAGGAGGCCUACGCCAGGUUGA